AUGUCCAAUUUAAGUCGUUUCAUACCAAAGUUUUUGUGUGUUUGUUUAUGUUUAAAUGGAAUAAACGCUUUUGUACUUCGUGCAUAUAUUUCACAACAUGGCCUUCACGGAGAAAUCGAAUUCUCUCAGAAAAACGAAACACUUGUCAGUAUUAGAACCAACUUGAAACCAACUCUACAGUAUCCUGAUGGAGUGUGGCGAUGGACGAUACACGAAUUUCCGGUUGAUUACAGAGAUAUUUCUAAUGACAGAUGUUCCGAAGAGAAUUUAGGAAGAGAAUUAAUAGAUUUGACUGACGAACUGGGCUACCUAGUAAUUCCUGGUAAAGAUCACGCAGAGUUCGAGAGCAAAAACUCUCUCAUAGGUCCCAACGGCUUAUGGGGAAAGAGUAUCGUCUUAGAAACAGCUGAAAGAGACAGAGUAAUUUGUGCAUCAAUAUUCUCGACAGAAUAUCAGCAUGAGCAGCACGCUUUCGCAAAGUUCACAGCACCAAUCGCUGGGACGCUGCACUUUAGAUGGAUCUCUUCUAAGGAGUACGAUGAAGCAGAUUCCUAUAUACAAGCCGAUUUGUAUCAUACAAAGGCUGUACAAGAAAAAGACUUUACUCAGCAUAAGUGGAAGUUAUUCGUGACGGAUAUCUUUGAUGCAGAUAAGGGUAAUCAUGAGGACAAUUGUAAUGUUCUUCAAGCUGUAUUUGAUCCGGAGAACAAUGGGGACGGUAUGACUGUAGGAGAUUUAGACAGUCGUUUAGGGUUGAUUAAGGUAGCAUCCGAUCCCAACGUACAGAAAACCAGAAAGCUUUAUAAGGACGAAGUUUUGAAUAUAUUGAGAAAUGAUAUGGAAGUUACGAAAAGGAGUUUGUAUGUGGUGAUUUAUGAUAGUAAGCAUUCGGAUAGUUUUUUGGCAUGCGCUAAGCUACGGCUGAUGUUGCCGAAGAGCACGAAAUCUCUAAUCAAUAUGGAUGGAAUCCGGGGUUCAAUUGAAUUCACCCAACGUUCACCAUAUGAUCCAACAUGGGCUAAUUUUCAACUUGGUGCUUCGGACUUGGACUAUGAAGGAAAUCUUCGAUUUGUUGGUUCUAUUACACAAUACAGUAUAAGAGAGCUACCUCCGCGGCUUUAUGAGGCCAAAUAUUGGGAGACAAUGUGUAAUACCACGGGUGGAAUGUACAACCCAAAUGAUGUUGAUUUGAAGAAUACCCCACCACCAGGUUUGAGCACACAGGACCACUACGCAAUAGGAGAUCUCCUCGGCAAGUACAAAGACAGAACGGAGUAUUUGAAUCAUAAAUAUUUACUCCCGGGCCUGGCGAAUGAACUGAGUGGCUCGUACUGGGAUGUCUUUUUGCCAUUAAGUGGAAAAUACAGUGUUAUGCAUAGAUCUGUAGUCAUUACAAGGCGACCACCGAAACGAGAGCUCUGUGGAACAAUCCAUUCGUAUGAAUACGGUACUGACUACCAGACCCAGAUGAGUUCUGCUGAAGCAGUUUAUCGGUAUCCUGUAGUCAGCAGAGUUAUCUUUAGACAGCCACUUGAAAGGCCAUGGGAAGACACCACUAUUAUCAUUGAGAAUAUGAUACAUUCCGACGGUUCUAACGUAAAUAACACCCACGAACACCGAUGGGCUAUACACCAGUUUCCCCCGGGAGCUGAUUAUUAUAACUGGACCGCACGGUGCCUGAGUGCCGGUAAAAUGUAUGACCCUCAUGGAGUGGACACAGACUCACGACAUCCAGAGCAAUACUGCAAAGUGGGUAUGGAAGGAUUGUGCAGAAUUGGAGACUUCAAUACCAGACACGGCGUGUUAUCCGUGGCUGGUAGAAAGAGAGACAGUGAGAAGUUAACUCGGAGACUCUUCACGGACACCGUGGUAGGUCUGGCGGGAAAGUACUCCAUCAUGAAGAAGUCAUUGGUGAUAUAUGACGAUCACGGACCGGUUGCUCGGGGGGAGAGGAUGGCCUGUUCUCCUUUAAGCGGCCUUCACCGUCGAAAGGCAGUGGUUCGCGAUUGGUUCGGUAAUGGUGACGAAAUUUCACUCGUCGGAAAGAUGGAGUUGAUACAACAGUCUGAGUAUGACGUCACCAAUGUGCAAAUAAAUCUGGACAACUUGGCCCACGACGCACACAACUAUAAAAUUCAUAUUACUCCUGUUGAAAAAGAACUGGAGUUCCCAUGCGAGAAAACAACAUUAUAUGACACUUAUAAUCCAUUUAACAUCAGCAAGGCGGCUGAACCACCGCCUACUAAAGGUACAGCGGACCAAUAUCAACUAGGAGAUUUAGGAAGUAAAUACGGGUUACUGGAUGACAUGAAGAAGUUUUCCACAGCGUAUAAUGAAACACAGCUGACAUUACACGGACCGUAUAGCAUAAUUGGACGGUCGGUUGCCAUUCAUAAAGAUCAACGCGACCGUCGCUGGGCCUGUUCAACAAUAGAACGCGGGUACAGUCCUUCUGAAGCGCGUGAAAUUCGCGGGAUCGCUUCCUUCCACCAUCCGGGUGGGUUUGCAUACGGGUAUAUCCGGAUGACACAGUUAAUACACAACGAUGGAAGUACGAGUGAUACGAUUAUUGAAGUGAAGUUGCGGCAUCCGGGACAGUAUGACCGGAAUUUGACUCGCAACCAUCGUUGGGAGAUAUUUGUGAAUCCCGUUGGAGUGGAUGCGGCAGUCAAGGUGACAAACACGCGUUGUGUGGCGGGCGGAUACAGAUGGAAUCCAUAUUUCACACAACUCGCUGAUCCAUUAAAUCAUGACCUGUACAAUCAAGAGUGUGGAGCUGACAAUCCAUUGCGGUGUGAUGUAGGAGAUCUGACUGCGAGACUUGGGACUAUAAGUAUUGGAAGUGAUCGUCAAAUGUUUAUCGAUAGCAACUUCCCCUUGGAAGGCAAGGUGACUGCAAUGGGCCGGUCUAUAGUUAUCAUGGGCCCCGAAAGAAGUAGCGAGAAAUUCGCCUGUGCGAACCUCCAACCGGACAAGGAUAUUAUAAAAUUUGUUAAUAUUAUGAAGCCACCGAGAUUUGUAUUGUGA